AUCUUCUACAGUAGCUCACAGACCCAACCAAAGGACCAUUGAAUACCAUAUAUAAAAACAUACAAGUAAAUAUUCGUGUCUUCAAACUGUCAGAGAUAAAGAGAGAGAAGAGAUGGGAGAGAUUGAGUUUACAGUGAAGCAAGAAGCUUUGGUGAAGGAGUCUUGGGAGAUACUAAAACAAGACAUCCCCAAAUACAGCCUUCACUUCUUCUCACAGAUACUUGAGAUAGCACCAGCAGCAAAGGGAUUGUUCUCUUUUCUAAGAGACUCAGAUGAAGUUCCUCACAACAAUCCUAAACUCAAAGCUCAUGCUGUUAAAGUCUUCAAGAUGACAUGUGAAACUGCAAUACAGCUGAGAGAGAAAGGAAAGGUGGUGGUGGCUGACACAACCCUCCAAUACUUGGGCUCUAUUCAUCGCAAAAGUGGCGUUAUUGAUCCUCACUUCGAGGUGGUAAAAGAAGCUUUGCUAAGGACAUUAAAAGAGGGGCUGGGGGAGAAAUACAAUGAAGAAGUGGAAGGAGCUUGGUCUGAAGCUUAUGAUCACUUGGCUAUAGCCAUUAAGACCGAGAUGAAACAAGAAGAGUCAUAAAACCGUAAAGAUCAUUUGGGCUUCACAUACAUAUGUAAUUUAAGCAUAUGCAUAUGUUUCUGUGUGUUUACUUAUGUUGCUCGUUGACUUUCUACAAUUCACUGCUUUUGAAGACGGAUCUUGAGCUAUCGUUAAAGGGACAUACAUGAUACUGUAGUUUCGCUUGAAAAUGUUAUUUUUGAGACAAUUAUCAUGGUUUGAGGUCAUGUUUUGCACAAAAGAAAAAGGUUUGAGGCCUUUUACUCUCA